ACGCUCAACUUGACCGUCUGAACACGGCGAUUUAAGCCCAUCAAACAGAAUGGGCGUCCACUCCAUCUCCAGCUCCAAGUCCUGAGGACAGCAUCACCACCACCACCCAAAGUCAGCAGCAGUCGUCAUGUCACUCAUCCCAUACCACCCCCGCGAAGGGCGAGAGAUUGUGCUCCGCCAUCGCAAUGCCAUUGUUGUCCGCGAUCCCCUCACGCAGCGCCUCGAGAUCCGCGGCCUCCAGCUUCACGAAUGCCCCACCUGUCACCAGCCCCUGCGAACGUCCCCCGAGAGUCAUGUCGACGAUGAUUCGGACCGUCGCGAGUCCUACGUCGACCCCGACUACUUCCGUAUGUUGCGCGACGGCCACAACGGCCAGGCUCCGUCCAACCCACGCCCUCCCUCGAGCCCCAUCCGCCGCUUGGUCCGUCCGGUCCCUGCCAUAGACGAUCGUGGAAACGAAGUGGGCGUACAGAAUGCCGAAUUCGUCAGCAGCGAGCCUGUGCCCUCCGAGACCACCCGUAUCAAGAAGGAGGCUUUUGCCCCAAACUAUUUCGAAACCUUUUUCCACGAGGAGCGUACCCUCGGCCGCGGUGGCAAGGGCGUCGUUAUGCUUGUGCGCCACGAGAUCGACGGCUGCAACCUGGGUCACUUUGCAUGCAAGCGCGUGCCCGUGGGCGAUGACCACGCCUGGCUGGGCAAGGUGCUCGUUGAAGUCGAGUUGCUCGCCAAACUGUCGCAUCCAAACCUGGUUUCGUACCGCUUCUCGUGGGUCGAGGAUGUCAAGAUCAACAAGUUCGGCCCCAAAGUCGCAUGUGCCUUCAUUCUCCAGCAGUACUGUAACGGCGGCGAUCUGCAGCAAUAUGUCAUUGGCGACCUGCUCAAGGAGCCGACCAUAGAGCAGAUCAAGGCCCAAAGACGCCGCCGAUCCAAGGGUUUCAUCGAACGGCCUAGCGUCACACAGCGCCAGUUGCCCUUCAAGGAGAUCUUCUCGCUGUUCAAGGACAUCACUUCGGGUCUUGCUUACCUCCACACCGCCAACUACAUCCACCGGGAUCUCAAACCCAGCAACUGUCUUUUGCAUCGCGAGGGUGGUCGUACUAGCUGUCUCAUCAGUGAUUUCGGCGAGGUUCAGCCCGAAAAUGCCGUCCGCGUGUCAACCGGGUCGACUGGCACCAUUUCUUACUGUGCUCCCGAGGUGCUGAUCAAGGACGCAAGCGGCAAGUACGGUAACUUCACGACAAAGUCGGAUAUCUUCUCGCUUGGAAUGAUUCUCUACUUUAUGUGUUUCGGGAGGUUGCCAUAUGCCAAUGCUAAUUCGCUCCACGAGGAGCUGGAGGACAUUGAUUUACUGCGUAGUGAGAUCACGGACUGGAAGGGUUUUGAAGAUGAACGACGCGAGCGCCCCGACCUUCCCGCAAAGUUAUACCAGCUGCUUAAGCGGCUUCUUGCUAUCAACCCAGCCGAGCGUCCGAGUGCAAAUGAGGUUUUGAGUGCCAUGAAGAACGAGUCAAGCUUAGACGGGUUGGGAGGGAAUUCUACGGGUUCUGUCCCAUCGAUUGGCCUAGCCGGGCGGAGGAUACAGGACCUAGAUUCUCCCAUGCCUCCCAGCACGCCUAUGCCAGACCACAGACAUGCCAAAGUGUCUUCAUCUCCAGACGAGGAUCUUCCCUCGUCAGUUGAUGGUUACCCGCCAGUAUCCGAUACCCGCCAAAAGGGCGCAUCCGAUAUGCUUGAACUUGGCCCGGUUUCUAGGAACGGCAGCGUCGUCGCCCCGCACCCAUCUCCACCAGCCAUCACAACCCCGUUGCUUAUGCCACCGCCUAGCACCCGGCUUGAACAGAUGAAGCACUGCGCAGUGCUAACACGAUAUCACGCUGGGAUGUGGCUGGACGCAAAUGGUCUUUCCCUUGGAGUGCUGCUUAGGCUUGCGUUUUUGGCCAUCAAAAUCUUCUCGCUGUCAUGGAUCUGCUGGCCGUAUGCUUCCAAUAUCAGCAUCCUGACAUCGGUUUUUGCUCUGGCGAUUCUGGACCUGCUGCACCCAGUCGGGAGGCCGGAGCCACGAAGAGGAAGCAAUGUCAUGCUUGGGGUACCUCCUCCCGGGAGUAGGCGAGGAAGCAGCUACGAGCAAGCGAACAACCAGAAUAGCCAGUUGCAUGACCAUAACGGGCACAUGGUUAGGGCCAGUCCUGACAUUACUCCUACCUACGACAACGAACAGUACAGGAGAGCGGGAACGGUGGUAGGUUGGAAAACAAGUGUUUCCCUGUUGUUGUUACAUUUCGCCAUUCUCUGGGUCACAAAUCACAUGGGCUUGCUCUGUGCUGUGGGUAGAUGGUCCCACUGGCCACCUCCUGAUUUGCCACACGAUGAGAUUGUUUGAUGGCCACAACCACUUCUGGGGUUAUCUAUCGGCUUGCUAUUAUGGAGAAUUUUGUGUCACAGCAUGGUAAGAAAGAAUCCGGCGUUAGGGGAAAAGGUCCCACGGAUGGGUUGGGGUCAUACUGCAACAGGAAAAUA